AAAGACCGUAUGUGAGGCUGUUCUCCACAAGCCAAUCGUACUUGAGCUGGGGUGGAGCACAAGACCAGGUUCAAAAGAAUGCUCUCCCAUCUUUGGAAUCAACAAGGCCGAGGAGGAUCGUUGUCGGGAUUACAGGUGCAACAGGUGCCCCGUACGCCAUCCGCAUCUUAACCCUUCUUCACCACCUAGGUGUGGAGACUCAUCUUAUCAUUAGCAAAUGGGCAUUAGCCACACUCAAAUACGAAACAUCAUGAGCGAAGCUGAUAUUCGAGGCCUUGCGAGUAGAUCAUACACGGCAAAAGAUCUCUCAGCACCAAUCGCUUCAGGAUCCUUUCAGCAUGACGGAAUGAUGAUCGUUCCCUGUAGCAUGAAAACUCUUGCUGCAGUACGAUCUGGUUACUGCGAUGACCUAAUAUCAAGAGCCGCCGAUGUCACACUCAAGGAAGACCGCAAACUACUCCUAGCUAUUCGGGAAACACCUUUGAAUUCUAUUCAUCUUGAGAAUAUGCUUGCUCUUCGUCGUGCUAACGCCAUCAUCUUCCCUCCUGUUCCGGCUUUAUAUACCAGGCCUGAGGGUAUCGAUGAUAUUGUUGAUCAAAGUGCUGGAAGGAUGUUGGAUAUGAUGGGAAUAUUCACUGAUGGAUUUGAGCGAUGGGAGGGGUUCAAGAAAGUUCAGACUGAGAUGUAGCCGGGAUAUGAGCAAGAUGUCGGCUGAACUAUUUCAUAAGCUGAUAUGAG